AUGCCAGCCUCAAUAACGAACUACAUAGGGUUCGUUAGCUUAUGCGACGAGCUUGGCGAAAUCCCAACCAGUCGGCUGUUUGAAGACCAUUUCUCGGUCAACAUCCACAAAUCUAAGGAAUGGUUCUUCGCAGCGAAUACAAAGCCGAGAAAGAACAUUGUUACUGGGGCUAAGCCCCGUAAAUUCAAUGACUGGAAAUCCCAGUAUUUCUACCUCGAGAUGAACGAUCUCACCGUCAGCAACUCUGACAUUCCAACUCAAUCGGAGUGGAAGAUUCCGAUCGGUCGUCAUCUCCCGAGCAUUAUUCUUAACUCCGGACUCACAUCUGAAUUCGAAACAGCUUUCAGCGAAGCCGGUAAACGUCGUUGGCCUGAAGUGUGGGAAGAGAUUCUUCAGCGCCGAGCUAAGAAAGCAGAUUCGACUAUUAAGUUCACUUCUGUCCGAGAACCGAAACCGCGGAAGCCAAAAGCUCGAGCUAGCAAGCCCCGAGCUGCUCCAAGACGCAAAGCACCAAAACCGCAGGCUAAACGACCUCGAACUACCAGGAUGCUUUCGCUGGACGAGAUCCCAACUCUGUUCGACGAAGAGGAGCCGAACGACGUGACUCCAAACCCCGUUCAUGCUAUCGAAGAGGUUAGGGAGCAACCUGAAGAACCGCCGCUCGCUGCGAACUCACCUGACCACGCUGGUCAGAAAAAACUGAAGAAGAAAAAGUCCUCGAAGAAGACUAAGAGGAUUGAAGACUCUUCUCGGGCGCAGGACGCUCCCGCUGAGCUCGAGCCACCGACGGCUGUGGCGUCAGACCUCGCUCUUUCUCAAGAUCGAGCUGAGGCUUCUCAUUCUCGAAAGAGACAAGUUGGAGACCGCGCCGAGGGUUCUCCAGAGCCAGAGCCAGCGAAGAGGGCGAAGGUCUGCUUCGACUACGAUGAGGAGACUCCUUUCGAGGAGAACAUCGAUGCUUGCGCCGAACUCUACCAUAAGAUCUCUUCUCAGGUCCCGAGUCUCCCGGCAGUGGCUGAGCUCCGUUUCCCAAACAUGUACAAGGGGAUCGCACGUACAACUGCCGUAGAGAGGGUCACCAAAGCGGAAGAGCGCCUUGCUACCGAGCUCCAAAUCAAUGACGCUCUCCAUUCCUCGGUCGAUCUGCUGAAGCAAGAGAGCGCGGAGUUGAAAGUGGGUCGGGCUAAGAGCGUUCACGCAAAGGCCUGCGAGCGCUUGGAGAAGGUCAUCCGAAGCUUGGAUGAUGCUGAUCGGGCUCGUAAGCCGUACCUGGUGGUUAACCAGCUCACCGGAGUUCUCGGCUUCAUCAAGCAGAUCAAGAAGAAAGGCUUGUACGAGGUCCCGCCUGAGAUGGUAGCUGACAUCGAGGCAAAGCACGCUAAAGCUCUAGAAGAUUUUCGUUUAGUCGACGCUUGCGUCCUUACUGAAGAGGACAAGUGA